GUAUAGAAGCGAAAACAUCUGUAUUUAAUCAUAUGGUAUGAAUAAAAUAAACAAGAAACGUGCUAGGGGUAUCUCUAAAUCUGCUCGUGCUGGAAUCAUAUUUCCAGUUUCAAGAGUAGGAAGAUAUUUACGACAGCUUUUAGUAAAGCAUCGAUUUGGUAUAGGAGCUCCGAUCUAUUUAGCUUCAGUCAUGGAAUAUUUGACAGCCGAAAUUAUGGAGCUAGCGGGAAAUGCUGCUCGUGACAAUAAAAAAAGUAGGAUUACACCUAGGCACAUUCUACUUGCAAUUAUGAAUGACGAAGAAUUAAAUAGAAUGCUUAAAGGAGUUACUAUUCCAUCAGGCGGCGUUUUACCAAAGAUUUUGCCAGAACUUUUGCAGAAGAAAAAUCAAACAGAUAUUUUGUUAAAUCAUAAAGUGAGUAGCUUUUCUGGUAUUCAUAAAACUAAAAAUUUAGUCAACGAUAUACCUUAUAAUGUGAACAAAAAUAUUAGUAACAAGAAGAAAAUUAAUCAAAUAAUAAAAAAAGGUAACAAACCAUUGUUAGAAAAAGGAUCAUUUUUAGAUCAAAAGAUUAUUUUAGAGAAAUCUGACAUUAACAAGCUUAUUUGUGAUGCAGUAAUAAUAGGAUUAGAUGAAGAUGGACAAUUUUAUAUUGAAAGCAAAAAAAUUGAAAAUGAACUUAAAGCCUGGAUCAAGCAAAAUAAUUUUGACCUAACAAAAAGCGAUUUGAUAGACCCAUCUCGAACUACUCACCCGACUCCCAAGCAUCCUACAGUUCUGCAAAACUUUAAACAAGUCAUUUUGUGCCGUUUCGAUGCCAAAGCCGACGAGAAUGAAGCGAAACCCGCGAAAUGCCUCCAAAUACUUGACGAUUCUUUGAAUUAUUGCCUUUCCCUAGCCGACCAACAGGGCCUUAAAACCGUGGUUAUUCCUUCCAAAUUGUUAUCUUCCGUUGUCAGUUUCGGAUCCGCCGACAAGAAUGCCGGUAACUCUCCAAUGCAAGAUUCGGCCAUAUUUAUCAUGAAAGUUAUCCAAAACUAUUUUAAAGUGACUCCAGCCUCGUCACUGAAACAGAUUUAUUUAAUGAGCCCAUCGAACGAGUAUGCCCAAUGCUACAUAAGCGCACUGCCCAAAUUGGGCGAAUAAGACGAAUUUUUUUUUAAAAUAUACUCCUUUCAUAUCAAUUCAUAAUUUUUUUUGUUUGUUUUUUAAAAAGGUUUUUUUGUCCUUAAUUUUUUUUAUAACAAUAUAUAAAUAAUCAUCCGCGAGGGGGAGCUCUAUGCAUUUAAUGUUUUUUUAAUAUUUUAUUUUUUUUAAACACGGUUAAAAUUAAAAUGAAAAUAAUUAAAUAUUGCUAAAAUUAAUCAAUAAAUUUAUAUUCCCUUUUUCCUUCUUAUUGGCGAUACACCGGUUAAAAAAACAUCUAUUUUUUUUAAAGUCACCACAUUAGGAAAAUGUCAAAUGUCCAAAAAAGUGAU